UGGAUGGGAUUGAUACACAGUAUCAUUUCUUGUCUUCCACAUGGGACCCACCUUCAACCUCAUUAUCAUAUUCUGAUACAGGCAGCCGAAACCGAAAAAAAAAAUACUGCAGAUUAGACUAUCCGAUCCAUCGACGCCGCGGGACAAAGCCGUUUGAUCGAUCGAUCCAUCUCGCGCCGUGUUUCCCGUCUCUCUCCACGCCCGCUCGCGGAUUCGCGACUCGCAAGCUUCUAGCGUCUUGGUUUUCGAUUGCUGCAGGAAGGGAAGAGGCGGCGGCAAUGGCGGGGAGAGCCAACAUCCCGACCAACAACUCUGCGCUAAUCGCCAUCAUCGCCGACGAGGACACGGUUACUGGCUUUUUGUUGGCUGGAGUUGGCAAUGUGGAUCUGAGAAAGAAAACAAAUUAUCUUAUUGUUGAUAACAAAACAACAGUUAAACAAAUUGAAGAUGCAUUUAAGGAGUUCACCGCCAGAGAGGACAUUGCGAUUGUACUCAUCAGCCAAUAUGUUGCAAACAUGAUAAGGUUCUUGGUAGAUGGCUACAACAAACCUGUUCCUGCUAUACUGGAGAUCCCGUCCAAGGACCAUCCAUAUGAUCCAGCGCAUGAUUCGGUUCUUUCUCGCGUGAAGUAUCUAUUUUCUGCUGAAUCAGUGGCCUCAGAUAGGCGAUAAAAGUCUUAUGACUUCAUGUAUCUUGUCUAUGAUGUGCCUGGGCCAUUUUAUUGAAAAUGAAGAGGUAUUAACAUGUUCUGUAUCUGAAUGAGAUUCAGUCACCGAUGAUUUUUUAUUUAUUUGUCACAAUUUGUAUUUUCGUAAUCACAAUUUGUAUUUGGAGGAUAUAUUCUUUCCAGCUCAGUACUGUACUUCGAACUGUACUUCGUGCGCUGCACACAUAUCAUAUUGAAAUUGAAAUAGUUAUAAACCA